AUGUUCUUUGGCCCUAAAGGCCUUGCUGAGGUAGCUCGAACUCUUGGGAAAACCCUGCGUGAGUUUCAGCCGACGAUUAGAGAGCUUCAGGAUGUUUCAAGAGAUUUCAAAAGCACACUUGAGCGUGAGAUUGGCCUCGAUGAGAUCUCAACGCCAAAUGUGUACAACCCGAACAGAACUAACCCUGGUCCUCCUUCUCCUCCUCCACCAUCAGUUUCUGUGACUGCAAGUGAUACCAAUGAUGAUGAUGCUCAAUCACCAAAAGCUUACACAACCGAGGAUUACCUCAGGAUCACAGAAGAGCAGCUCAAAGCUUCCGAAAACUGUACAGGGGAAAGCCAAACAGAGGAUCAAACUCAGACUAAAAAAACUGUACAAACACCCACCCAAAAAGAAAAUCAGCCUGAAGGUUAG